AUGUUAACAGUGAAGUUGUGUGCCAUUUUUUAUUUCGUUCUUUUGUUUUUAUAAACGGAAGUCACUCACUCUUCCCCCCCGUUUUGGGUCCACCCCAUGUUUCACAAUAGACAAUAGACGUCACUCAACUUCCGUUUUGAAGCGCAGCAGGUUUUCGCUACAUCCGGUUGCAUGCUUUUGUGUUGAAAAUUCAGGACGUCAAGACAUUUUUUACUGAAACUCAGCGAGAUUUCAUAAGCAGCAUCAUAUCCACCAAGCAUGGCACAAUCACUGAGACACUGCUACUGCAGUGUCCCACAGUGCUCGAACAACAAAAAAAAAUUCCCAUAUCUCAGUUUUCACGACUUCCCGACUGAUGUUGAGAUUCGUGCCCGUUGGGUGACGGCAAUAAGAAGAGACGAGGGGCCAAAUUUUAAAAUCCGUCGCGGAUGCUCUUACGUCUGCAGUCAGCACUUCUCUUCAGAGGAGAUCUAUGUUUCUGCCAGUGGUCGAAAGAAGUUAAAGAAAGGAGCAGUACCAUCUAAAUUCAUGUGGAAUGACUGGGGCAAAGGAAUGGGUGAGCAAGCUGCAACGCCAGCAAGAAAACACCUUGCAGCUGAAAAUGAGAUGCCUGUUCCAGAGGGCACCACAGAGGAUUGGUCCCACCUGGAGGCAGUACGAAAAGAUCAUGACUACAGCUGCCAUCCCUUUCCUGGUAAAAUGGACAGAGCUGCUAGGAAUAUUCAGCAGUUGGAGGUGCAAGUCUCGACACAUGAACACGAAAUCCAGCAGCUGACCCUUAAAAACCAGGAGCCAUUAAUUUACAAAAUUUGUGUGACCGACGAGGACUACCGUUACUACACAAGAUUCAGCUCCAAGAAGGUCUUCACUCUGUUUUGGGAGUCUGUUUACCCGUCUGCAUCAAGGCUUAUCUAUUGGUCCGAAGCACAGCGUGCGGCAGAAGUGACGGCAAGUCCACAGCGAAAGCUUGAGCUGAUUGAUGAACUGUUCAUGUUUCUCUGUCACGUUGCAGCUGGGCUUCAGGAGAUGACAUUGUCAUCUCUCUUUGAGGUCAGCGUGUCGACUGUUAGUCGCAUCCUCCUUACAUGGACAAGCUACCUUUAUCAGGUUUUGGGCUCAUUACCAUCUUGGAUGACAAGAGAGCAGGUACAGUCCACGAUGCCUGACAAUUUCAGGCUCUAUUGUCCUCAGCUGAGAGUCAUCAUAGACUGCACUGAGAUCCGCUGUAAAACUGCAACUUCAGAGACUUUUUCAAGCCACAAAAAUCCCACCACAUUUAAAGGACUGAUUGGUGUUGCUCCAUGUGGUGUUAUCACAUUUGUUUCUACACUAUACACAGGCUCUAUUUCAGACAUAGAAAUAACAAAGAAAUCCCAGCUUCUACAACUACUCCAGCCAGGGGAUGAAGUAAUGGCUGACAAGGGUUUCCUGAGUGAGAAAAUUCUGUCAGAGGUGGGGGUAAAACUCAUCCCACCAUUAAAGAAAUCAACCCAGCUCAGUGAACCAGACACUCAGAAGACCCAGGCCAUUGCCCGUAUGAGGGUUUUAGUGGAGAGGGCCAUACGCAGGGUGAAGGAAUACCACAUUUGGGAUGGAAUUGUUCCACUGUCCAUGGUUGGAUCAGUGAAUCAGCUGUGGGUCAUCUGCUGCCUGAUGUCAAAUUUCCAGGGACCUCUUGAUAUCAAGGGGGACAAGCCAGUCUGAGGCCCCCUAGCUUGGAUGUUAUCUUCACUGCUAUGACCCUGUAAGAUUGUAAAUGGUUGCAUGUAAAUGCUAAAUGAUUGUUUUGAAAAUUAAAUUGUGUCUUGCUUUGAAGUUGAGGACAACUGAAAUAAAAGUAAAAAGAAAAAAAAGAAUGUAUUAUUCAUUUA